AUGUCUUCCAAGCGAUGCUGCUGUAUCAUUCCACUACGAGGAGGUGUAGCGCUCCUCAGCAUUAUCAUUGUGGCCGUCUCAGUCUUGUUAGUCGUCCUUACCUUCACACAUACGAACCCAAUGGUCAUGCACCUGUCUGUCAUUAACGCAGCAUUACCGUGGGUCGCAGUUAUCUUCUAUAUUGCAACUGGUGUUAUCGGACUGUAUGGCAUCUUGGCAGCUGCAGUGGGCAAAUUAGCCUUGAUGCGAUUAUACAAACUUCUCUUCUGGGCUGUGCUUGUAUUUUUACUGACGAUCUGGACUGCCGUAUCAUUUAUUCUUGCUCUGGUCAACCGAGGCAAGAGCCAGGAUGCUUGUGAUUCAGCGAACCCGGAUCAAGCGGAAGGCUCGGGAGGUGAUCAAACCGUGAGCGUGGGCGACUACUCGACCACGUUCUUGGGCAUGGAGCUGGGCAGCACCUACGGCUUGGCAAACUGUGCACAAGCUGUACAAGCGGGUGUCAUUGGACUGGCUAUUUUACUCUUUGUUGGUCAGAUCUCCAUGUUUUACUUUGCAACAGUGGUGGCAGGAUAUACCAAAAAGUUACGAGAACGCAACUACGGUCACCGCUUGCGAGACGAUGAAUGGAACGACAACUUGGAUGAUUUAGGCGCAGCCUAUCGUUCAGACGCUCAAAAUGCUCAACGAUACCGCAUGAAUCAAAUGAACCGCGAUAGUGGAGGCAACAAGUUUACAAAGGGUUUGAAAAAGUUCAAGUUGGGCAAAUAA